AUGGCCGACCAAAGUAUCAAGAUUGAGGGCGCCCGAUUCCUGGUUACCGUUGACCCCCAGCGACGAAUCAUCCAGAACGGGUCGAUCCUCAUCGAGGGACAGCGUAUCGCCAGGGUAGGCAAAGUUGCGGAUCUGGAAGGGGUGACUGCAGACCGGGUCAUCGAUGCCAGCGAGAUGGUCGUCACUCCCGGCUUCGUCAACGGGCACAUGCAUAUCAGCUACGCUCACGCCACUCGGGGCAUUUUCCCCGACGAUCUGGGGCCCGCGUACCUGUCAAACGUGUUCAGGCUGCAGGGAGCGAUGACGGACGAAGAGGAAUAUCUGACAUCCCUGCUCGCCAUUACCGAGCUUCUCAAGUACGGGACCACCUGCUUCAUGGACCCCGGAAGCACCAAGGGCCUGGACACUUGCAUGCAAGCCUAUAAGGAAUCCGGGUGCCGCAUCAUCGUUGGGUGGCAGGUUACCGACCAGCCCAACCCCAUUAACCUGCCUGUCUAUGAAACUAACGAGGCAACAAAGGGUGAUGGAGCAGGUCAUUCGGGACUAUGA